AUGUCAAACAUAUUGGAAGAAACCCAAAUUCAUUUGAAUGAAAAUGUUGUGUUGAUUAAAGGAAAUGACAGCACAGUUGGUCUGUACAAGGUUCUUUUUGAAGUAAAUGAUGAAUUGAAGUUUACCAUCAAAGAGAAUCACAAAAAGCAAGCAUUAAGAUACUGGUUCAAUAUUCAAUUCGGAUAUGUGCUGAGGAACAUUGAAACUGAUGAUAGAGUUCAGUUUUAUCCCUCUGAUAAUACCUGCUUUAAUAUCAAUGAUUCACCACUAGUUAAUUCCACUAUUGAUACGGUACUAAACCAAUUGGAUGGUGAUGAUAUACUGGAAAAAUUGAAGUGUUCAAACUCCAAAUGGAGUAUUGAAAAUAUCUACGAGUGUGUACUUUUAACAACACCCAUUCCAGAGGUAUCAAUAGGCGCAUCUGUAAUUCUACCUGAUUUCAUCAAGAAUAUCAAGAGCAUUGUUUCAUUCUAUUUUGCUCGUUAUAAGUAUCCAGAAAUCAGAUUAGACAGAUUAUCAAAGAAAGCAAAAGAUCUUUACAAGGAUUAUUACAAAACCAACGUAAAGAAGUGUUAUCCCAAACUUGAUAUUCAAGAAUUGAAAGAGAUUGAAAGCCAUUUCUUUGUAAAUGUCAACAUAUACCGAUUCAAUGGAAAGAAAGCGGUUAUGGAACGACAUUCAGGUAAAGAAUACAGGAGGUUAUUAAUUUGA